UAUUGGAAUUAUAGAGACGAACUGACCAUACAAAAUGAUAUAAUUUACAAAUGUCAUCAGAUUCUCAUCCCAGAGUCUAUGCAGGCAGAUAUGCUCAGUAAAAUCCAUGUCAAUCAUCUUGGUGCGGAAUCCAACAUACGAAUGGCAAGAGAAGUCUUGUUCUGGCCAGGUAUGAGAAAAGCCAUUCAGAAUAUGUGUACUACCUGUGGGAUUUGUGCACAAUACGGCCAGACGUUGACUAAAGAGCCUAUGAAGUCGAUACCAUUACCUUCGCUUCCCUGGGAAAUAAUUAGCCAAGAUUUAUUUACGCUCGAGCAACGAAGCUAUCUGGUCACCGUGUGUCAUUUCUCAGAUUGGGUAGAAGUAGAUGAACUAAUGGACACUCUCUCAACAACCAUUGUUAACAAGACCAAGGUACAUUUUGCAAGGUUUGGCAUUCCACGUAUAUGUCAUACAGACAAUGGACCACAAUUUGUUGGCAAAGCAUACAAAGAUUUUGCCAAGGAGUAUGAUUUCAACCAUACAUCAUCUUCACCAUACCAUCCACAGGGAAAUGGCAGAGCAGAAGCAGCGGUGAAGCUUGUUAAGAACAUGAUCAAGAAAUCGGACGAUUUUCAAGCUGCCCUAUUAAACUAUAGAAACACACCUCAGAGAGGUCACUCUUAUUCCCCGGCUCAACGGAUGUUGUGUCGUCAUACCCGAACGAAAUUGCCAACCUCAAACAAGGUUCUUGUUCCGAGAAUGAUAAACAGAACAACAAUACAAGAGGAGUUAGAGCAUAAACGCAGCACAAGCAAAACGUAUUACGACAGAGCAGUGGGAUCACAACACGACACUUUACGACCUGGUCAAUAUGCAUACGCUAGACCGCCUCCACAACAGCGCGGGAAACCAUGGAUCCUUGGUCAAAUUACAAGGGAAGAACCAUCGCGUUCGUACACAUUAAAAACAUCCAACGGGAUGAUAAGAAGGAAUCGUGUCCACAUCAUACCGGCAACACCACCACCGUCAGAUUCCGGACCUACUUCUCAUAAAAGGGCGUCCUUAACCGAUGUGGAAGCAAUCCCCAUCAUUCUUCCAAGUCGACCACCCAAAAAGGAAAUAACGGUAACAAAUGACGGACAAGAACCAUCGACACCCAUAUCACCACACGAACCAUCAACGCCCAUUCCACCUACUCAGCGAACGCCCAUUCCACUGCCCGAGUUGUCAGAAAGGCCAACCAGGACGAAAAGAGUGCCAGAGAGACUAAAAGACUAUGUACUACAUGGACUGGAACUAUUAUUAAAAUAAAAUAAAACUAAUUACUGUUAGUAUAUAUAUAUAAUUUUUUUUGGGAGGAAGAGAGAUGUUG